UAAACUGCGCCUUUGUGUUUGAGCGAAAAAAAAUGGGAAAAAAUAAAUAUGAGGAAAGCUAAUCUUUAAACAAAUAAUUCUCAGUUAUAAAAAUCACCCAACCAAAUCACAGCGAAAAUUUCAUUACGUCACUUAUACAAGGAUUUCACAAGUCUCGUACUUUUCCUCCAAUAAGAGAAAAUGAUUCCGGAAUUCGAGAAGUCGAAAAAAACAGUAAGCCAGCUCGAUGCACAGGUGUAUUUGUUCUAAUCAGAAACGUGUAAUGUGAUGCCUAGAUAAUAUCUCCAUUCUAGUUUGUUUUUUUCAUUUAACCCGACCAAUUUAUUAGUUCUUAUUGUUUCGGAUUCAAAUUCUGUCAUUACCCAAGACCCAUCACUGAGAAUGCUGUUCCGUGCAUUCAUUCAUCACUGGUGAAAAGUUUGCAUAUGCAUGACGUCAUUGCUGCCAGCGUUCAUAAAUAAGAUCGAAUAUGAACAUGAACGCAGAGUUCUUCCCGGCUUGCUCUUCCAAUGUAUUCUUCAAGUGGUAUGCUCACACGAUAUGGAUACGGUAGGAUAUAACUUGAUAAAUACGAGUGGUGCAGUUAGUGAACUACUUGGUGAGUGACAAGAUCGACACUAGUCGUGACAUCUGCAACACUAAAAGAAGAUUGGUUUUCAAGAAUUGUGGAUCUUUUCUUACGCAAGACAUGGAAUCAGGUGUGUCAAGAUCAAAUGACAGCAGCAGACUAGAUAUUGCACAGUACAUUCUAGAAUUAAUUCAUAUCGUGACAAUUCUUUUGUUUACUUUAGGUAUUUACGUUUAGUUUGUGCAGAUUUUAAUGCGUCUUUGACAGCAGCUUGAAAUUUAUGGUAAAAAAAACAUAAUUCCAUGUAGAUGGUGGCAUGCCUUCAUUUAAUGAUAUUUCUUCCAGAACUUACUAUUUAAAGGUUUCAUGAGUUUAGUAACACUUGAUUAUUUCAUGAUAUUAUAUUUUCAGAAUUUACUGUACAAGGCAUGAAGUUAGUGACAUUAUUUUAUUCUGUGAUGCAGCUUGUUCUGCAGAAAUAAUGAUUCAAACUUUGGUUUCGUACAUUCAGUGACAGUGUUUUAUUUUGUGAUAUAUAUUUAUAUGGAGAGAGAGAUCUGUAGAGCUUGAUAUUUAAGGUUGAGAUUUAUGCUUCUACUGACAGUAUUUUAUUUUGCGAUCUAUUUUUUAUCUGUACAACCUUUUUUUACUUCAAAUUUAAUUUAAAGCACUCUCAAGUAUAGUUAAUUAUUGACAUUAUUUUAUUUUUAUGAGAUACAUCUUAUUGUCAUUAGCUGUCAUAAGCUCUGCUUGUUUACUUUCAAUUAAACAGAGAGGGUGGCUAUUGAUAAGUCAUACAUUCUCAUAAACAUUUUUUAAUUCUGUCUUGCAAAGAGCGUUAAAUUAUAAGGGAAAAAAUAAUCAAUAAUUUUAAACAUAUAAAGAUGAUCGCAAUUACCGAAGGGAUUUGAAGAAAAAACAUUUAGAACAUGCUCAAUUCCCUUAAUUUAUUUUUUCUAUGCGUCACCUUAUCCAGUUUCUUAACAACAUCUUUGUCUCAAGAAUCAUCCACCCCCUCGUAUUCAAUCCAAACUUAUAUUGAUGAUCCCUUGGAACAUGUGUCAGAUGUUCUAAGGAGUGAAGAUAUUAGUGUGGAGGAUGGAGAGCGAUCUCUAAAUUACGAUCAAGAAGAUGAUGAAGUGAAUAAACAACGAGUUCCCAAGGAUCCUUUUGAUGAGGAAGAUUUUGAUUCACCGGAUCAUGUGAAACCUGAUCAUAGGUUUAAACUGAUAUCUUUGGACAAUAUAGUUCAUUUGAAUCCAGCUCUACAGGUAUCACUAUGGCUACUGGUCGGUAUGCUCGUGAAAUCAGGCUUUCACGUGACUCCAAAGAUUUCACUAAUAUGCCCAGAGAGCUGUCUUCUAAUAGUUGUUGGUGUGGUCAUCGGCCUCCUGUUGUUUUAUGCCGGACUCACCAAUGUCGGACCUUUGACUCCCAAUGUCUUCUUCCUGUACAUGCUUCCGCCCAUAGUUCUAGAUGCCGGAUACUACAUGCCAAACCGUCCAUUCUUCGACAACUUGGUCACCAUCCUACUGUUCGCUGUGGUAGGAACCGUCUUCAACGCCAUGUCAGUUGGAAUGUCACUUUGGGCAGUCGGUCUGACUGGACUGUAUGGAGUAGAAAUGCCUUUGCUGGACACUUUGCUCUUCAGUUCUAUAGCAUGUGCUGUGGAUCCCAUAGCAGUGUUGGCUGUGUUCGAAGAGAUUCAUGUGAACGAAGUGUUGUACAUUCUGGUGUUCGGAGAAUCAUUACUUAAUGAUGCUGUGACAGUGGUGCUCUAUCACAUGUUCGAAGGAUAUGCUGAAAUGGGACCAAAGAAUAUCAUCACUGUCGACUACUUAGCAGGGGUGGCAUCUUUCUUCGUGGUGGCACUCGGGGGCACACUCGUGGGAAUCCUUUGGGGACUCCUAGCAGCUUUCGUCUCCAGAUUCACCCAUCACGUCAGAGUCAUCGAACCACUCUUUGUUUUCGUCAUGUCAUAUUUGUCUUACGUCAGUGCAGAACUGUUUCAUUUUUCAGGAAUCUUGGCGUUGACAUUCUGUGGUAUAACAAUGAAAAACUACGUGGAGGAGAAUAUCUCAUACAAGAGUCACAUUACAGUUAAAUACGCAAUGAAAAUGAUUGCCAGUUCUUCUGAAACCAUCAUCUUCCUCUUCCUCGGUGUCUCCACGGUCAACGAUAACCACGAAUGGAACACUUGGUUCGUCGUCAUGACCAUCUUCUUUUGCACAGUGUACAGGACUAUAGGUGUUAUUAUUCUCACUGCAAUAGCAAAUAGAUUUCGUCUACAUCGAAUUGAUAAAGUGGAACAGUUCAUUUUGGCCUAUGGAGGGUUAAGGGGUGCAGUCGCCUUUGCCUUGGUACUCAUUGUCUCCGAUAGAAUCAUUCCCACCAAAAAUAUGAUGGUAACAACCAUCAUCGCACUAGUUUUCUUCACUGUUUUCAUUCAGGGCAUGACAAUCGGACCUCUCGUAAGGAUAUUAAAUGUGCCAACCAAAAACAAAAUUAAGAUGUCCAUGAAUGAGAGAAUAAUUACAAGAUCUAUGGAUCACCUCAUGGCCGCUAUAGAAGAUAUUGUAGGUCAAACAAUGGGAAAUUAUCAUUUGAGAGAUAAAUUUAAAUAUUACAAUAACAAGUACCUUCGUCCAAUAUUGACGAGAGAGCAUGCAAAUGCUGAACCAAAAAUAUUCGAAACAUAUUCCAAAUUGAAUGUUGCUGAUGCUAUGAAUCUAGUGAAACACAAUUCGAACUUGAUACCUGGUGCUAUGGGAAAUGACUUGGGAGUUUCGCUAUCAUCCAUAUUCAGAUCUUAUACUCAAUCAAAUCUCACCAAAAGUCCAAUAGAUGAAAAGGAGGCCAAAAAUAACAAUGAUAUUCCACGAAAUGAUUCAAGCUUUUUAAAUGUAGAUAUAGCAGAACUUGAAUACUCACCUAGUACGAAAGAUCUCGCUGAUGCCCAACUACACCAUAUACUUUCCGAUGCCAUGUUCAAACCACCAAGAAAACGAUACAUUAAUCGAAAUUCAAUAUAUGGUCGCAGCAAUGAUCCCACCAACGAUUCACACCAAACAAGACUCCAGAUGCGUCAUAUGAUUGACGAACGAAUACCUCACCGAAGACUCAGCAGUCACACUUAUAGUCACGCAGUUCCUCUGAAAUCAAGCUUGGCCAAUAGCAAUAACACUCAACAUGGUGGUAGCAACUCGGAACGAAGUUUGGGUUCCAAUUCUUCAGACGGGACCAACACACGAGGUCUUCUGAACGGAAAGAAAAAAAAUACUCAUCUUCCUAAAUUGCGCUUCAGUGUUGCGGAUGAUCCUUCUUCAGAGUACGAUUUACCAACUCCUAUGCCUACUCAAACGGGUACGGCCAUGGAUGAACCUUUAUCUAACUACAGUUCUCUACUAGAUGUUUCUUCCACCUAUGAUGAUGAUGGUAUCGUUUUCACAGCUCAUAUUCGACCCUGUACGCCGUUACCACACCCAGAAACAAAAGCCAAAGAUUUUGCACAGGAUUCAGAUAGCAAUGAUGACAGUAUUUCACUAUCAGCUCCUUCAAAAACGCUGACGGAACUCACCCUACCUUGGAAACGUGACGUCGAAACAGGAGUAGAUGAAACAGAAAAAUAUGUUAUUCGCCAGCAAGAAUUCCCGUCUUGGAUAGAAAAUCGCGACUAUCACUUACACAGUUCACCCACCAACACGCUCAUAAGUCGACUCGGGAAUAAUUCUAAGAGAGUGAGUGCCCCAGCUGUGUUCGACAUUUUCAAUGAUGAAAAUUCGCAAAAAAUAGCCAACGCGAGGAGGAGCAGUCAAGAUUCCAUAUACAGCGACGCAACUGCAACACGUCGCAGCAGCAGCGACGACAGUAUGUUGCCUAGUUCUUCCUUCAAAGCUACAAAAGUAAACGUAGAACCUGCCGUUACUAAGGACGUCGUCAUUGAAAUCAAUGUUAAUGGCAAAAGCCCACCCAUUACCAUGCUCAAUGGUAAAACCAUGGACGAAGAUAAUCCAGACAGUCAGGCAACUAGGCUGUGAAUUGUAAUUUAAUAGACUCUCUCUCCAGAGUUCAGCUAAGUCAUUCAUUGUUGAAAAACUAUUAUUUCAACCCGAACUGUGCAGAGUGAAGCAUUGCUACAGUUCUAAAUGCUUAGUUCCACGCCGUUUGAAAUCUGGAUUUCAAACAAAAUCUCUCAACGGUGCUGUACUUUUUUUUUAGUCUUAAUUUAAAAAAAUGCCCACUUAACCAUCGUGAAUGUCGUGACAAUAAUCUAACUCAAAAUUGUAGCUUUUAUUUAUAACUUGAGCAUAAAACAUCGAUAUAAUUUUCCUGGUACUUUUUGUAUCAUAUUAUGAGGAUUUAAAAAUGAAAAGUAUGAUCACAUUAGCAAUUAUUUAACUAUCAAUAACUAUUUAUCAUUUCAUAUAAAACAAUUCUCAGGUAAAACAAUUAUAUAAUAUUAUAGUGUUAUACUUUUUAUAGUUUUAAGUCUGGCUUAGCACGUUUUUAUAAGAGAAAAUCAUGAAAAACAGAAGCUAUCGUAAAAGGUUGUUUAAAAUAAUAAAGAAGACAAAAAAAUAAGGACCACAAAAAACUUUGAUCGCUGAUCAUGAGAUUUGGCAAUUGGAAAACACACUAUUUUAGAAAUCAGCUUAACUUCGAAUAUUUUCUACUUCAGUUUCUAAGAAGGGAAAUGGAAGAGGGAUAACAAAACAAAGCGCAGAAGAAGAUUAUACGUACAAAUUUAAUUUUUUAAAACAAUCAAUUCUAGAGGGAAAAAAAGUUAAGAUGUGGCAUAAAUGCAUGCUAUAUUUAUUUAUAUUGUGCACUCCAUAUACUCAGGAUUUCAGAAUUGGGUUAGUAAUUAAAAAAAAAUUAACUUUACUGUUAAUUAUAGUAUUUAUACUACAUACAACACACAAUAUAAAUCAUUUUUCUAAUCUAAUGUUGUUAAUAAAAAUGUUGGUAUACCUAAAUAUUUCCUCAAGGAUAUUCAUGAUUUAGGGUUUCCAAAUAAAAAGUAUGAAAAAGUGUAAAAAAAUUUUUUAUAAUUUCUACAAUUUUGAAAAACAUAAAAUGUGAAAAUUCGAAAUACUUUAGAACUUAUCAUAACUGUCUACGCCAUCUUUUUACAAACUUGGUAGAUAAAAAUUAUUAUUAAUAAUUCUUAGAAGGGGAAUUAGAUUUCAAACAUAAAAGCUCUGUAAGAAACUAUUUUUGAAUUUUCACAGCAAUUUUUUUGUUUUUAAGUUAGAAAAUAUGAAAUAAUUGUUCAAAACUUACUUCUUACCAUUGCAUACUCAUAUUAAAUCUCUAGCAAAGUUAGAGAAAAAUUACUUAUAUGAAUAUGUGGAUGAUAUAUUUACAGGAUUUUUAAUAAAACCAAUAUUUGGGCACAACCAUGAUAAUUAUGUCCUAGCUCUUUGUUCCACAACAAAAUAUUUACAACAGAAAGAGCUUGAAAUCAUUAAUCUUAAUAAGUUUCUAAAUUAAAUUUUUUUUUUAAAUUUUUAAAAAAUUAUAAUAUUUUAUUAUCAAAAUUAACACGGGAAAUAAAUUGAAAGGGUUAUCAAGAAAAUAUUUUUGAACUAGGGGCCCCAUAGUACCCUGUAGCUUGUUGUUUCUUUGCAAAAAAAAAAAAAAAAAAAAAAAAAAAAAAAAAAAAAAAAAAAAUUCUACUGAAGUUAUAAUUGCGAAACGGUUAAUAAGAUUAGACCGCCUUUCUAAAAAACUGUAUCUUAAAAUGUAGCUCAGAAUUACAUUAUAAUAAUAAUAAUAAUAAAACAAUUCUCUUAGUUUUAAACUUUUGAAUUAAUACAGGAUAAAUACAGGAAAUUGACUUGAAUAAUUACAGUAAAAUAACUUUAAAUGAGGAUACAAAAAUAUUUAUAGAAAAACAAUACUUUUAUGAUGAUGAUGACAACCAAUACAAUAUAGAAAU